AUGACUGGAUUGCUCUCUGAUGUCUAUGCAAAGACAGCAUCAAUCAGCACUAUAAUGAAUGGUGUCAAAAGAACUGGAAUAUGGCCGGUUGACCGCACUGUAUUUUCUGAGACAGAUUUUAUCGCUGCUAAUGCCUUGCUUGAAAAUGAUUCAGAAAGUGCAAGUGAGGACUCAGAGGCAGAAAAUCUACGUGAAACAACUGCUGAGCCUAAAGGCGAUGCUACUGAGCCACCACUUCACAGUGAUAGUACUGAACAAAACAAAAAUUGCAACACAACAGAUCUCAAUACCUCUAUUGAAGAAAUUUACCCUCUACCCGAGAAUAAAGGUUACGCCAAGAGACGAAAAUUUUCUCAACCAGCCGUCAUUCUGAGCACCACGCCCUAUAAGGAAGAAUUAGAAAACAAAUGUAACCAAAGAUAA